AUGCAUUCUCAGCGGCGUAAUGUCUGUCAAAGGCCACAAGGUCCUCCAUAUGGACCGCAACGAUCACUACGGCGGUGAGAGCGCAUCGCUGAACCUCGAGCAACUCUUCAAACGCUACGGCAACUUUCAGGCCGGGACCGAGCCAUGGAAGAAGUACGGGCGACCCAACGACUGGAACAUUGAUCUUGUCCCGAAGUUAUUGAUGAGCAACGGCGAGCUUACCAACAUCCUCGUAAGCACCGACGUGACACGGUACAUCGAGUUCAAGCAGGUGGCGGGCAGCUAUGUACAGCAGGGGAACGGGGCCAGGGCGACAGUGGCCAAAGUGCCGAGUGACGCUGGCGAGGCGCUGAGGAGUCCGUUGAUGGGCAUAUUCGAGAAGCGAAGAGCGCGCAACUUCCUGAGCUGGGUGGCGGCCUUUGACGAGGCAAACCCGAGCACACACAAUGGCAUGAACCUCAGUCAGGCGACCAUGCGGCAAGUCUACGACAAGUACGGCCUCGAACCCUCCACCCGCGACUUCAUUGGCCACAGCAUGGCCCUCUACACCAACGACGACUACGUCGACAAACGCGGCCAAGCCAAAGACUGCGUCGAGCGCAUCCGUCUCUACGUCAACAGCAUGGCACGCUACGGCAAGAGUCCCUACAUCUACCCUCUCUACGGCCUUGGCGAACUGCCCCAAGGCUUCGCUCGUCUCUCCGCUAUCUACGGCGGCACCUACAUGCUCAACACCACCGUCGACGAGAUCAAGUACGACAGUUCCGGCAAGGUCAGCGGAAUAAGAGCAACAAUGAAGGAACGAGGCGAGGAUGGCGAGGGCAUGAAGUUCGAGACGAAGUGCAAGAAGAUUCUCGCGGACCCGUCAUACUUCUCCGGCAAGGUACAAGUGGUCGGGCAGAUACUGAAAUGCAUCUGCAUCCUCAACCACCCCAUCGAUAGGACCGACAACGCCGACAGCCUGCAACUCAUCAUCCCGCAAUCGCAAGUUGGGCGCAAGAACGACAUCUAUAUCGCCAUGGUCUCCUCGGCGCACAACGUAUGUCCCAAGGGCUACUAUAUCGCCAUUGUCUCCACCAUUGCCGAGACGGACUCGAACCAUCAUCUUGAACUUCAGCCAGGUUUGGAAAGGUUGGGACGUAUUGAGGAGAAAUUUAUGGGUGCGCCAAUCCCGAUCUAUGCGCCCAAGGGCGAUGGGAAGGCGGAUGAGGUGUUCUUGAGCAAGAGCUAUGAUGCGAGCAGCCAUUUCGAGACUAUGACUGACGAUGUGAGGGAUAUUUAUAGGCGGGCGAUGGGUGAGGAGUUGAGGGUAGAGGGUUUGAAGGAGGGGCAGAAUCUGGUGGCGGAGGAGUAAUGGGAAUCUGAGCAGUGAGUUGCGCUCUUUCUCGGACGUGACGUUCAGAUUGGGCGAUGGCAAUGGGCAGGCAUGAGGCACGAAAGUGACGGAGCAAUGAUGGCGUUGUUGGUGCUGAGCAUUGGUCGUCGUUCAGUCCGUCUGGAGGCAACCUUAGUAAGACAGAGCGUUAGAAGUACUUGAGUGCAACAAGCACGCUUGUUAGUGAUGUUAUUCUGCCGACGCGACUUGCAGUGUGUCUUAGUGGAG